AUGGGACGACUGCACACUUUGGAACUGGAAAAUUUUAAAUCUUACAAGGGAAAUCAAAUAGUUGGACCAUUCAAGCAGUUUACAGCAAUUAUUGGUCCUAAUGGAUCAGGUAAAUCGAACUUGAUGGAUGCAAUGUGUUUUGUGCUUGGCGAAAAAGCAAGUAAUCUGCGAGUAAAGAAGCUACAUGAUCUAAUACAUGGCGCACCGGUGGGUAAGGCAGUAGCAAAUCGUUGCCACGUGACAAUGAAUUAUGAAGGUGACGAUGGAAACACGCAUGCUUUUACACGUUUGGUAACUGGAUCUGGUUCAGAGUAUCGCGUCGAUGGCAAGACUGUUACACCACAACAGUACGGCCAUGCAUUGGAAGAAAUAAAUGUAUUUAUGAAGGCGAAAAAUUUUCUUGUGUAUCAAGGACAAGUUGAACAGGUUGCAAUGAAAAAUCCACGAGAGUUAACGCAAAUGUUCGAGGAAAUUUCACGAUCAUGUGAAUUUCAAGCAGAUUAUGAUCGUCUGAAAGCAGAUUUGGCGAAAGCGGAAGAAGAAGCAGCGUUUAAUUUAAACAAGCGGCGGGGAAUUGCACUAGAAAAACGUGAAGCUAAGUUGGAGAAGGAUGAAGCAGAAAAAUAUCAAAUGUUGAAAGAAGAGCUGGAAUCGAAGCAACGUCAGGUGUAUCUUCUGCAACUAUUUUAUGCAGAAAAAAGUGCAGACGAAACGACAAGUGAUUGGAAACGUAAAAAAGAAAUAGUAGCCGAGUUAAUUAGUAAAAAAGCAGAGUGUGAUGCAGCCGUGACGGCGAAGCAACAUGAGCAUAAAAAAGUUUUGAAAGAAGUUCACAAACUGGAAAAUAAAACAUCUGGAAAGGAGAAAGAAGUAAUGACACAGAAGCCACGAUAUGUUGCUGCUAAACAGGGAGUUGUACAUGUGAAAGCAAAGCUUGAAAUGGCUAAUAAAGCACAUUCUACCGCCCAACGAGCAGCUGAAGCCCAUGAGAGCAAUGUAGUCACGCUGAAGCAACAACUCAAAGAAGUUGAGCUGAAAAAGCAAGAAAGCGAAGCGAAGCUUGCUAGUGAGUCACAAGAAUUGGCAAUGCAACUAAGUGAUGCCCAGGUAAACGAAUACUACGAACUGAAGGGUGAAACAACCAAACGAUGCGGUGUUAUAGAUAUGGAACUUAACAAAUUGUUACAAGAACAAGAAACUGAAAAGAAUAAUUUGCAAUUUGAGCAGAGACGUUUGGCUCAUGCAAGUGAUCGCGUUAAAAACAAGGAGCAGGAAAUUGAACGUAUGUCGCGUCAGGGAGAGCAGCUUGCAGAAAACAUCGUAUCACAGACUAAUCUGAUUGAUGACGAGAAAAAAAAUUUAGAAAAUCUUGAAGUUCAGGUGCGCGAAUCGAAAGAACGUUUGGAAAAGGUAACGACGGAAUUAAAUAAUGUCUCACGACAACUAUCAGAAGCACACGGUGAUACGGCAGAAUCAGAGCGAAACAGGAAACGAAAUGAAACCAUCGAAAAUUUAAAACGUAUCUUUCCGGAUCGUGUCUAUGGCCGAUUGGUUGACCUAUGCCAACCAUCUCAUCGACGAUUUCAGAUUGCUAUUACUAAGGUAUUAGCUAAAAAUAUGAUGUCUAUUGUUUGUGACACAGAUGAAACAGCUCGAGAAAGUAUCGUUUAUUUGAAAGAACAACGUCUCGCACCGGAAACAUUUCUUCCUUUAUCAGUUCUGGAUGUUCAUCCGAUUAAAGAAAAAUUGCGAGAACUAACUGAGCCACGCGGCGUAAAAUUGGUUUUCGAUGUUAUACAGUGCAACAAUCCUGUUGCACGAAAAGCCCUUCAGUUUGCAUGCGGUAACGCGCUUGUCUGCGAAACGCCUGAAGACGCAAAAUAUUUGGCUUAUGGAAGUACAUCAGAUCGAUACAAAGCGGUAGCAUUGGAUGGAACACUCUUCGAAAGGAGCGGCAUCAUAUCAGGAGGAGGUCAAGAACUACGGCAACGGGCCAAGAAAUGGGAUGAGAAUGCUAUCAGGAAGCUGAAAGAGAAUAGAAUGAAAUUGCAAGAUGAGCUUCAACAAUUACAUCGAACACGUAAAAAGGAACUUGAUGUGGAAAUGAAGCGAAAUCAACUGAUUCAUCUUGAAAAUCGUCUCAAAAGUACCCGGAAUGAUCAUACGAAGAUAACGAGUCAGACACUUAAAAAGCUUGAGCAGGAUCUUGAAACGCUUAAUAGUGAACUUUCGCUUAUACAACCACGAAUAGAUGAAAUUCAACAGAGAAUGGCAGAACGAAUUAUACAAAUUGAAAAAUUGCAACAUAAACGAAAUGUCAUAACCGAUGAAGUAUUCCACGAAUUUUGCCAGCGCAUAAACAUUAAAGAUAUUCGUCAGUAUGAACAACGUGAAAUGCGUUUUCAUGAAGAAAUGCAGGACCAAUUAAAGAAAUUUGAUAAUGAAUUGGAUCGCUUGCGCAAUGAACUGGACUAUUUAAAAUCAGAGGAUAAGCGAUUGAAAGAGAAGCAAGAAGCAGAAAAAGUAAAACGUUUGACGAAAGAAAUUGAAGGUUUAAAAAAGAAAGAGGAAGAAGAACAUAAGACAUUGAAGAAGUUGGAGGUUGAAUUGGAACAAAUGAAAAUGGCAAUUGUUUCGAAGAAAGCACUGGUGGAAGACAGCGAUGGUGAAAUAAGCGUACUCAAAAAAGCUGCACAACAGGCUGCACGUGAAGUUGCCGCAGCAGAGAAAACAGCUACGGCACUGGAACAAACUAUUUUGAGGCGACGUCAUCAGCGUCACUCAUUACUACAUCAAUGUAAAAUGAAUGGUAUCAAAUUGCCGUUGCUUCGAGGAUCUCUUGCCGAUAUUGAAAUCGAUGAUACCAUUCCUUCAAGUACUACUGGUGCAAGUGUAAGUGUGAGUGAUUCACAACAACUCUCACACGAACAAAUGGAUCGUGAAGCACAAAUACAAGUGGAUUAUCGAAUACUUCCAAUUAAUCUCAGAGAGUUUGAUAACGAUGAUGAAGUGAAGAAGGCACUUGAUAAACUGAACAAAGAAGUUGGUGAUUCACAGGCAAAAAUUUCACGGAUCAGUGCGCCGAAUCUCAAAGCAAAAGAAAGAAUGGAAAUAGUAAAAGAGAAGGAGGCCGAAACAACAGAAGAAUGUGAAUUAGCCAGAAAAAAAGCGCGGAAGGUUCGUCUAUUAUUUGAAAAAGUUAAGACUGAUCGCUACCAUCGAUUUCACGAAUGCUUCGAACCUGUUUCGCAGAAAAUUGAUGACAUUUACAAGAAGCUUAGUCGCAAUGAAAGUGCACAAGCAUUCCUUGGCGAGGAAAAUAUGGAAGAGCCAUACCUUGAAGGUAUUGCGUACAAUUGUGUAGCACCUGGUAAACGUUUUCGACCAAUGGAUAACUUAAGUGGUGGUGAAAAGACUGUUGCAGCAUUAGCGUUACUUUUCGCUAUUCAUGCUCGUAGUCCAUCACCGUUUUUCAUCUUGGAUGAAGUUGACGCCGCAUUAGAUAAUACCAAUAUUGGCAAGGUCGCAAAUUUCAUUUGUGAGCGUGCACGUGUCGACAUGCAGCUAAUCGUCAUAUCACUAAAAGAGGAAUUUUAUAAUAAAGCUGAUGCCAUCAUUGGUAUCUACCCGCAUCCAUCCAGUUAUACCGUUUCUGGAAUGUUAACACUUGAUCUCACGCCGUACAAACAGCCGCAAUCUGAUUCAUAUAUUGAAUAA